UGCCUACCUUAGCCGCCGCCCCCACGCUCCGAUCUCGUUGGUCUCUGCGGGGCUGGCUUCAGGUGGUCCCAAAAUGUUCAGCUGGCUGGGCACCGAUGACCGCCGGAGGAAGGACCCCGAGGUGUUUCAGACGGUCAGCGAGGGCCUGAAAAAGCUCUACAAAACCAAGCUGCUGCCCCUGGAAGAGCACUACAAGUUCCACGAGUUCCACUCGCCGGCCUUGGAGGAUGCCGACUUCGACAACAAGCCCAUGGUGCUCCUCGUGGGGCAGUACUCCACUGGCAAGACCACCUUCAUCAGGUACCUGCUGGAGCAGGAUUUCCCAGGGAUGAGGAUUGGACCAGAGCCUACAACUGACUCCUUUAUAGCAGUUAUGCAAGGAGAUGUGGAAGGAAUCAUUCCUGGAAACGCACUGGUGGUGGAUCCCAAAAAACCUUUCAGGAAACUCAACGCCUUUGGCAAUGCCUUUUUGAACAGGUUUGUUUGUGCCCAACUCCCUAACCCUGUGUUAGAGAGCAUCAGUGUCAUUGAUACCCCAGGAAUCCUUUCUGGAGAAAAACAGAGAAUUAGCAGAGGCUAUGACUUCGCUGCUGUGCUGGAGUGGUUUGCAGAGCGGGUGGACCGCAUCAUUCUGCUCUUUGAUGCCCACAAGCUGGACAUCUCCGAUGAAUUCUCGGAGGUCAUCAAAGCCCUGAAGAACCACGAGGACAAGAUGAGAGUUGUUCUCAACAAGGCUGACCAGAUAGAGACUCAGCAGCUGAUGCGGGUGUACGGGGCCCUCAUGUGGUCCCUGGGCAAGAUCGUCAACACUCCUGAGGUCAUCAGGGUCUACAUUGGCUCCUUCUGGUCCCACCAGCUGCUCAUCCCCGACAACCGCAAGUUGUUCGAGGCGGAGGAGCAGGACCUGUUCAGGGACAUCCAGAGCCUGCCCCGCAACGCAGCCCUGAGGAAGCUCAACGACCUCAUCAAGCGAGCACGGCUGGCCAAGGUCCAUGCCUACAUUAUCAGUUCCCUAAAGAAGGAAAUGCCCUCAAUGUUUGGGAAAGACAAUAAAAAGAAAGAGCUUGUGAACAACUUGGGAGAGAUUUAUGCCCGGAUCGAACGGGAGCAUCAGAUCUCACCUGGGGACUUCCCUAACCUAAGAAAGAUGCAGGAUCAAUUGCAAUCCCAGGAUUUCAGCAAGUUCCAGCCUCUGAAGAGCAAGCUGCUGGAGACGGUGGAAGACAUGCUGGCCAACGACAUCGCCCAGCUGAUGGUGCUGGUGCGCCAGGAGGAGUCCCAGCGCCCGACCCAGAUGGUGAAGGGAGGAGCCUUCGAGGGCACCUUGCACGGUCCCUUCGGCCACGGCUACGGCGAAGGCGCCGGCGAAGGCAUCGACGACGCCCAGUGGGUGGUGGCCAGGGACAAGCCCAUGUACGAUGAAAUCUUCUACACCCUCUCGCCUGUCGACGGGAAAAUAACUGGUGCCAACGCCAAGAAGGAGAUGGUAAGGUCUAAGCUGCCCAACACCGUGCUGGGCAAGAUAUGGAAACUGGCUGACAUCGACAAAGAUGGCAUGCUGGAUGAUGAGGAGUUCGCCUUGGCCAAUCAUCUCAUUAAAGUCAAGCUGGAGGGGCAUGAGCUGCCCAACGAGCUCCCUUCCCACCUCCUCCCUCCAUCCAAGCGGAAAAUAACGGAGUGAAAGGAAGGUUACAAGGCAGAGGGAAAGGGAAGGGGGGAAAAAAAAAAAGAGAGAUCUAGAAAAAUGUGUUUACUUAAGUUAUACGUUUAGAUCUGAGAUCACCUUUGGAUUUUUACCUAUUUUGCUGUAUGAAGAAAAAAAACCAAACAAACCCCACAAACCUAAAGCAGAACACAACACAAAAGUCCAACCCUUCUUGAUGAUAGUCUGCAAUUCACUCUCCCAGAGUAACGUCCCUGCUUUCUCAUGUGUAGUCUGUAAACAUGAAGGUAAAGAACAGAAGCUGGUGAGUGGGAGUAGAAGCCAGAACCAAAAUGGGUUUCAUUUCUUGAGAGAGUGGAGUAGGCACCAAUAGAAACCUGCUAACAGCCAGUAUCACUCCUGAGCUUCAGCUGCACCUUCUGCUAUUUGCUGGGUCUCACAAACUUCAGAAGACUUGAUAGUGAAGAGGACACAACAAGGUCUGCAAGCUGUUGGCCAACCUAAAGAGUACUUCUUAAAUCACAUCAGCCCACACUAAAAUACUUAGAUACUACAAGCCCAGAGUCCUGAAUUUUGGGAACCUCAGUUCACUCUCAGAUGCAAAUUCUAUAAACAUUUCCUUGUUCUUAAACAAACAAAAACCCAAAACUACAAUUAAAACCUGAAAUAGCUUUCAGCUGGGCAGAUGGAGUUCCUCACUGUUUGCUGUGGGCCAAGCACUGAGAAUUCCCAAUCACCUCUACCUCCCAUUCAGUCCCUAGGGAAGAUUUGUUCUGCAGGCACAGCCAGGAGAACCGCCCCUUGAAGGGAAACAGAAGGAAGGGAGUACUGGAGGCAGACACCAGGUGGGUUGGAAGUGAGGAACUCUGCUUCCAAGCUCACUGAACGUUUCACAACCAGUAGAUAGUGUUUUGUCCUUCAACAGUGGUGAUAGUUAUCAUUCCUGUCAAGUGGUAUGUUUGCUCUCAUCAUGCACAGUGAAGGCUACUAGGUCCCACUCUUACUGUAAAGCUAAGAACCCCACAGUGCCAGGUGGAUGGUCCAUCAUUAGAGCAGACAGCGUGGUAUGGCAAUGGGCAGAGCUUGCUCUGCUUCCUGCCUGUACCCCACAAACAUGACUGCAACAGCCUUCACCCCACCCUUCCCCACACCACACAGCAACACUUGAUCUCCUCCAGAACCUCUACCCCAGGCCAAGAGACCUUCUCCCUCCUCUUUCACGUUCGUUUUCCAGACCCAGUUUUAGCAGAAAUCCCUCAAUUUCCUAUUUUUUUUUUUGCCCCAACACCACAAACACAGAGGCACUCUUCUGGUUUUUGUUGUUGCUUUGGAGCAGCCUGUUGUUCAGUUCCUGUUGUCACUUUAUAUAAGCUGAGCUCCUACUGUGAUGAUGAAACAAAACAACAACCCAAGACAAGUAUAAGUUAUUUUAUAUCUCUGUGUUCAUAAUUAUAUAGAGAAAUAUAUUCUGUGUAUGUAGGAUGUGCUUCUUUGCAGUACAUUUAUCACUUGUCUUCAAAAAUUAAUGCAUUAACCUUUUUUUUUUGUACCCUGGUCCUAAAACAUUAUUAAAAAAG